AUGUCCUGCAGGGAAGGAUACGUAGAGUGCUCCUCGAGCUCUAUGGUUAAUAGGGUUUCCUCGGUUUCCUUAGAGGCAGAUGUGAAUUGUUCUGGACGGGGUUCAUCAUCUGGGGCCAUUACUAGUUCCACGUCAGAUGCGGAUUGUACUGGACGGGAUUCGCCAUCGGAGAAUAUUACUAGUUCCACUAAUGCAAAGACAGUCAAAGUUUCCAGCUUUUACUGUGAUCCUGUUAUUGGAAAGCGCAAGCCUUCAAAACGGGACCCUUACGGCGAGUACCUCCCCUCUUUAGCAAAGAAGGGUCGUCACCAAACCGCCUUGACUUCGAAUAAGCGAAAACUUAUAGAAGUGAUUAAUGCUGGUCCUUCUCACAAAAGAAUCAGACUAGAGGAACAGUAUCGAGCGGAAACACAGGGCCAAAACCCUAUUCCGUUCACCUUUACUUGUCCUCCGAUUAUGCCUAACACAGUUUACUGUGCGGCGCCAUCCAAAGUAACGGCUUCCGAUGAGAUGGUUAUACCUCUCAUUCCAAAAGGCUUAACUACUUCUGGGCGAAUUGGCAAGUUCUGUGUGGUCUCUGAGGAAGAGGACUCCGACUCGCAAGAGCCAGAGGAUUCUCUCUUUGAACACUCAGGACGCGUUCCGAACAUUGGGUCACCAAGUGUGCAGUCGAUAGGGUCGGAUUCUGUUCAAGUAAUUAGUUCAGACUCUGAUUGCUCCAAAUCGGCCGGAUCAAGCUAUAUUCCAUUUGGCAGUUCUUCUAAUGAACCAUCAAGUUCCAAUCACAGUAAUGUUGAUGAUGAACAAUUCAUGUCCGCAAGUGCCUCAGAGUCUUCGGCACCAAGUAUGCAGGCACCAGCUUUGGGUCACCACAUACACAUUAACACUGUCAACGUAAAGUCUAACAGUAGACAGGUCACACCUGUCGAUCAACAGGAGAAGUUACCUAUGAACCUUCUUCCUUUCACCAACCCGGUCACAAAUGUACGGAUUACUCCAGAAGCAACUCGUACAUACAACUGGCUGAGGGAGUGUGACAUUACUUUUGGGAAGGGAUCUAACCAGAUUAAAGCAAAGAACUUGCUUAAAGACGCUGUUUUAUUUGGGGUUCACAAUGUGACUUCGGAUAUUACUCCCGUUGAUAUCUGGACAUUUCUCAAAGCCCGCCUUGAUAUUGCUCAGACUGAAAACGUCCGCGCAGUGCUGAAAGUGCGUCAGCCCUUUCAUAGACUUAGGUAUAAUGUCUGGGUUUCCCCAGACUUGGCCAACGGUCUGGCACCAUUAUUAGAACUUACCUACGAAGAUAGGAAGUCACAAACGUGCACCUUGAUGUCCCGCAAGACUCGAGCAUUUUGGGUUGAGGUCAAAAAAGCUAAGGCAAAGAUUAAUAAGAUGUCAUCCUCACCAGAUGAUGUCGAGGGCCCUAAAUUAGAGCCUUCAAUGAUCAAGUCGCUCUUAAUUCAAGAAGAAUUAUAUAAAAAGAAGCUACCUGAUCACAUUAAAGAGGAGAGAAGGCAACUUCAACUCCACCUCUGGCACGAAGAAUUCUUUAAUAAGAAUACUGCGCUUGAGACCUACACGUACCUACUCGGAGAGAAAGGUACAACUCGGCACUUUAAAAAGGCUGAACUUUACUACCCGGAGCUUCGCGCUGGGGUGCUAGCCUUAACAAAAGCUAGAUUAGGGCUUUUUCCGUCAAACGAAAAAGCAUUCAUUGAAAGUGAAGUGAACGGCUCCCUCACUCCCGAAGCUGAAAGAUUAGGAAAAAAUGGCUGUCCCUUAUGUGGCGAAAGUCGCGUUGAUGAAGGCGGGGAAUUCACUGAGGAGAUUGAUCACCUCCUCGUUCAAUGUACAUCAUUAAAUGAACUCAGAGAUGAGCAUUUAUCAGCAAUUAUUGCUGACUUAAGAGCUUCGUCCUAUUACUUUGACAUUGAAGAGUAUACGUGUUCAUUCCCUUCGUGCAUCACCGGUACAUUAGGAUUGAGUGCUGUUGACCAUAAAAGCUAUGCGACUGUACAUUGA